AUGACAAAAAUGUUGAAAUUUUUAUUUAAAAAUAAAAUAAAUGUUGAAUUAUCAAUUAAACAAUAUAAAUUAAAUCUAAGAAAUCCAUUUGGAACAGCACAUUCAGUAACAACAACAAGAACCAAUGCAUUAAUUGAAAUUAAAGUAGAGGAUAUUAGAGGAUUUGGAGAAUGUGGUUUACCACCAAAGAAACCAUUAUGUUAUUUAGCAGAUUACAAUGAUAUUGAAACUUAUUUUAAUAGUUGGAUUAAAGAAAUUGAUGAAAAACAAAAACAACAACAACAACAACAAGAAGAAUCAUAUCAUUAUGAUGCAUUUAAUAAAAUUUCACAAAAAGAAUAUUUUAAAGAAUUAAGAAAAGAAAUGAAUGGUGAUUAUCAACAAAGUGUUUAUCAAUUUUUAUUUGAAUGUUUAGAUAAUUGUAAAGAGAAUAGUAAAGAUUAUUCCUAUGCUUCAAGAUGUGCAAUUGAAAUGGCAUUGUUAGAUGGUUGGGGUAAAUUUUUAAAACAACCAAUUUAUAAAUUAAUUAAUAUUCCAGAGAGUGAAUCAUUGAAACCAUUUUAUUAUACAAUUUCAAUGUGUCCAACAAUGGAGGAAAUUAUGGAUUCAACUGAUUUCGGUAGUAAAUAUACAGGAUUUUUAAAGAUUAAAUUAGAUGCUGACGUUGAAAAAGGUAUGAAUAUCAUUGACUCUGUUCAAAAACGUUUAUUAAAUAAUAAUUCAACAAGAACAAUUUCAAAAAUUUCAGUCGAUGCAAAUUCAUCUUGGACCCCAAGUGUUGCAAGAAAAUAUUUGGAAAAGCUAUCACCAAUGGCUGAUUUAAUAUCAAUGGUUGAACAACCAUUCCCAAUUGAAACUUUAAAAACAGUCAACAAAGAUCAAAAAAUUGAUAUUCAACAUUUAAACGAAUGGGUAUCAAUUAAAAAGGAAUAUCAAGAUAAAGGUUUACUCAUUUUCGCUGAUGAAUCAAUUUGUACUGAAAAGGAUUUGGAUGGUUUAGUUCAAUUAGUUCAUGGUGUAAAUAUAAAACUUGAAAAAACUGGUGGAAUUAGACCAGGUCUUUCAACAUUAUUAAAAGCAAAAGAAUUGGGUUUAAAAACUUGGAUUGGUUCAAUGGUAGCUUCAAGUUUAAAUGUUAGUGCCGCUGCUCAUCUCUUAUGUUCAUUAUCUGACUUUGGUGGUGAUCUCGAUGGUGGUUUAUUAAUUGAUGAUGCAACUCAACUAUUUGAAAAUGAUGCUUUUCAAUUAUUAGAUAAUGGUUUAAUUAAAAUGAAUUCAAAUAAUUAUGGUGUUGGUGUAACUUUAAAAAAAUAA